AAAUCAAUUUUGGCGUGUCAUAUAUAAAUAUGGCGAGCUCCGACAGUCUGCAAGCGACAAUGCUCCGAAAAUUUUUACAAGAAAUAACGGCCAUAAUUGCUACGAAAUGUGACAAAAAAGUUUCCGUUUGUAGAAAGCAGGGAUCUGCAUUGGUUCGUCAGAGUACAAGACCAAUAUACGGAGAUAUCUGCAUUCCUGGAGCAGUUGUAAAAAUCCACCUUCCAACUAUACAGCAUGUAGAUGAGGUGAUCAAGGCAAUCAUAGCUGCUGGGGAGAGCUUAGACUUUCCAGUCCUUGCUUGUUCACCAGCGGAGAAUGACUUCAUCAGUAUUAAACUCCAGAGGGCACCUGUCUACAGCUGCAUCAUUAAACGCAUUAUGAUAGAAAGGAAUGAAUACGGUCAUCAUCAUGCUGGAAGAGAUCGUACUGUGCUUCUUAGCAUUCCAGAGCCACCAAUGAAAAAGGAGAAGAAUGAUGGGUUCGGCCUGUCGUCACUGAGACAACAUCUUUUAGCUCAACAUGUGUCUGCUCUUCUUAAAGCUCAUGGCUAUAAUGUUCUUAGAGAUCACAAUAUAAACAGAGAGGUGUCAUCUUCUAUAAUUGGUAAAAUUCUUGGGGAUCCCCUUUCAGAAGAUUCUUUUGACUCCUGCUCAAAGACCAAGGAAAGCUAUCUCCCACCAGGGCUACUUGAAGAACUUUCCAACUCCAAGUAUGUAUCAUCUGUAGCCUGUCAGACUGAAAAGGAAAUAGAUCGUCGGUCACAUGAUCAUCAUAGGUCACCUGAUCAGAGCCAUUCACAUUCAUCAGAGGAAGUGUUACCUAAACAAUGUACUCUUGAUCUGGCUGCUUUCUUAGAAGAUCAGAGAUUAAGAAUAGGAAAAGGAGGUUACAGCAAGAACAUGACUCAAGUACCUUUAACAGACAAACAGAGGGAAGCAAGUCCAGUCUUCAAGCAAUGUAUGAGAUUAAAGAUUGCGGCAAAAAAUAUGUGCUCAGGUGAUGAUCUGUGCAUCCUUCACAUCGCCCCAUCUGGCCAAGAGUUUCUGCAACAACAAGUGGACUUGACCAUGAGGGCAUUGUCUCAAGAUGGCUGCUACACUGACCAAUCUCAUCUAUGCUGUGCACCUGUUCAGGUGAUUGGAGAUGGCCAAACCUCUGCUAGCAACAGGCAGGGGAAGGAGAUGGGUGUGGAAGAGUUCUAUGACAUCAGAUAUUCACAGAUGAAAGAGGCAUCGGUGAUGAAGUAUGGUGAUCAAGUACAAGGUGAUUCUUGGAAUGAUAUGAUCCACAAUUUGACUGCUGCUGGAAUAAAGUUUGAUAUCUUAGGAACACACCACAGGCAUCCUGUGAAGCUAGAUGUUGGUGAGAGAAAUGAAAGCAGCCCAUGGCCAGAUAACAGGAAUGGUGUCUUUGUAGUGUACAACUAUGCUAGACUCUCAACUCUCUUUGCAAGGUUCGAAGAAGAGGUCAAUAAAGGUACAUAUCCAGCAUUACCACCUGUAGAAAGCAUUGACUUCUCAACUCUGAAAGAAGAGGCAGAGUGGAAGCUACUCUUUUCUCAUAUACUAACACUGCCUGACGUUAUAUUAGACUCUAUAGGAGAAAGUAUUACCACUCAAGAGUUGUCCUGCAAGUUUGAAACGCACAAGAUUUGCCGCUAUCUUGUGUCACUCAGUCAGGAUUUGAGUACAUAUUACAGCAGAUAUAGAAUCUUAGUGGAACCCAGGCCUCAUCUCUUACCCACCAUGUUUGCCAGGAUCUACUUGUUGAAAGCAGUCCAUCAGGUUUUAGGCAACGGUCUAGCCCUCUUGAAGAUUACCCCUCUCACCACCAUGUGAGCUGUCCAGAACCCACAGAUACAGUACCAUCCUAAAGACUGGUUAGAUAUUGCUUGUCAACCUAACAUAGAAACUUAUCUCAUUGGUCAUUGGUGUACCCUAGGGCAACUUAUCCAAAGUCACAUCAUCUCCUCCUCCAGUGUAUUAUUAAUACCCCCAAACUCACUGUCUGAACUCAACAUUGGUAUGAAGUUAUUUUCACAAUGAGAUGUUUUGCACAUAUCAGUGAUGAUCUGAACUGGUAUAAGGGCCCAUUCUGAUGGUCUUGUGCAAACUGCUUUUCAUCAUGCAGAUUGGCAUAGUCAACCCUUCUAUGGAAUACCUUUAGACAUAUUAUUCCUCAACUACAGAUAAUAAUUUCGCCAUGAGACAAGAAGAAUAAGAAAAUGAAAGUUUGAAAUGAACUCCUGUCAUUUUUUAUACUUUAUCUUUCACAUUAAUACAUGUAUUGGUUUUGGAAGAUGAAACUUAGCAUUCCAUCAGAUUUUUUGUACUUAUCAUUUGUCCCUUUUGCCACCCCUGAAAAUGGCGCCCUUAUACCAGGGCUAUAGCAGACAGGUUGAACAAUAUACCUGUCUUUUCAUUCAACAAAGAUUAUAUAGAACAUUAAACAAUAAAAAAUUGGUGUAAUUCACAUCUCAAAUCCUUUUAAUCAGUGUUGAAAAGAAACCCAAAACAUGUUCAUCUGAUUCUUGUCACCAUUUAUUUUUGUUAACAAAAACAAAUAAACAUAUAAAACUGAGAGAAAUAUUUUCUUGUGUUCCU